GACUGAGGCACUGACAUGAGCGACACACACAGUGAUAAGAGACGCUAGGCUCAACCUUAACUUCUACAUUUCUGUGAAGAGCUUAAUCUGUGGGAUUUUUAACCUGCACUUUUAGUCAAGACUUCACUUCAAAGUUACUUGGCGCUCGACAGAAGAGACGAAAAUAUGAGAUACAUUAUAGGAAUUGGCGGGAUCACUAAUGGUGGGAAAACCACUGUGACAAAUAAAUUGAUCAAGACGUUGCCCAACUGCUGUGUUGUGCACCAAGAUGACUUUUUCAAGAAACCCGAUCAGAUAGAAGUCGGGGAGGACGGCUUUAAGCAAUGGGAUGUGAUCACAUCUUUGGACAUGGAGGCAAUGACCAACACUGUGAAAGCCUGGAUCGAGAACCCAGUGAAGUUUGCCCGUUCCCAUGGUGUCGCUCUGUCUCCUGCCUCUGACGUGGCCACUACUGAUGAGCAGACCCACAUCCUGAUCGUGGAGGGCUUCCUGCUCUACAACUACCAGCCCCUUCAAGAUGUUUUUAACAUGUGCUAUUACAUCUCAAUUCCCUAUGAGGAGUGCAAAAGAAGGAGAAGUACAAGACAAUACACUGUCCCCGACCCUCCCGGCCUGUUCGAUGGCCAUGUGUGGCCCAUGUACUUGAAGCACAGGAAAGAGAUGGAGAGCAGUGGCUUAAAUAUCAAGUACCUGGAUGGUUUGAAAACCAAAGAGGAAAUGUACAACCAGGUGUACGAGGACAUUCAGAACAACCUGCUUAACUGUUUAUAGCAGGAGGACUCCUGUCCAUUCCUGUACAGAAUUUGUAAAUAGUGCCAAGGAUUCAUUUUUUUAUACUUUUUUUUUUGUAUAUACAACAGAACAAUGUUAACUUAUCAUUGUCUUUUUUUGUCAUCUUCAGAUGAUCAAUUUUUGUGAUUGGUGAUUGUAUUGAUCUAUGUGACUGUUGCUUUAAACCACUGAUUUGUUGUGGACCAUUUGUCUUUUGAUAGAAUCCCCCUUCAAUCAUACAAAUAAACAAUUUGUUGCUGUUUGUUGAAGCAGCGCAUUAAACAUUAAA